AUGCCUCGUCGCAAGCAGCAGCAGCCGCAGCAGCUCCUGGGCUCCAACCACGGCUCCCCCGGCACCACCGCCGCCUCCCCGGCCCCCCGCGAGGCUCCUGUCGCCCCCUCUUCUUCCUCCUCCUCCUCUUCCUCUUCCUCCUCCCCCCCAGGCAUGGACGCCGAACCGGAUCCCCCGCCUCCGCCAGCAAGCGGGGGCCCCCCUCAAUCUGGGGGGGCCCCCCUUAACCUCCCCUUGAUCCUGGAGGAGCUACGGGUGCUUCAACAACGCCAACUCCACCAGAUGCAGAUGACGGAGGAAAUCUGCCGGCAAGUUUUACUUUUGGGGACCCUAGAGCACCCCAAAACCCCCCUCCCCCCCUUCACCCCCAAAAACGACCCCCCAAAACCCCAUUUCUUCCAUCUUUUCCCGCCUUUCCCCGCCGGGACGCGAGGGCUCAAAACCGAACCGCAGUCGGGCGGCGUCACCGCCGGCGUCACCGCCUUCCUCCCGACGUUGGCUGGAGGGUCUUCGCCGGGUCUUUUGCGCCCCAAAAAUAUCGGGGGGGAUUCGGGGACCCCCCGACACGAAUGCGGGUUUUGCGGGAAAGCUUUCGGCAGCGAUAGCGCCCGGCAAAUCCACCUCCGGUCCCACACCGGCGAAAGACCCUACAAAUGCAAUGUUUGCGGCAACCGCUUCACCACGCGCGGCAAUUUGAAGGUCCAUUUUCACCGGCACCGCGAGAAGUACCCCCACGUUCAGAUGAACCCCCACCCCGUCCCCCAACACCUCGAUUACCUCCUCCCGGCGCCGGCGGCCGCCCAACAUCUCACCGGGGCCACCCAACAUCUCACCGGAGCCUCCCAACAUCCUUCGGCGCCCACCCAGCUCAACGCGGCCACCCAACAUCUCAACGCGAGCGCCCAACAGCUCGCCGGGGUCGCUCAACCGCUCGCCGCCGCCGCCCAACAGCUCGCCGGGGUCGCUCAACCGCUCGCCGCCGCCACCGGACGCCUUGCCGCGCCUACCCAGCCGCUCGCCGGGGCCAACCAACUCAACGCUGGGGCCAACCAACUCAAUGCCGUCACCCAACUCAACGGCGCGGGCAACCAACUCAACGGCGGGGCCAACCAACUCAACGGCGCGGCCAACAAACUCAACGCUGCGGCCAACCAACUCAACGCUGUCACCCAACUCAACGGCGCGGGCAACCAACUCAACGCCGGGGCCAACCAACUCAACGCCGUCACCCAACACCUCACCGGGACCACCCAACACCUCACUGGGACCACCCAACUCAACGCCAACACCCAACCCGUCAACGCAACCGCCCAACCCGUCAACGCAACCGCCCAACCCCUCACCGGGGCCGCCCAACCCCUCACCGCGGCCACCCAUCACCUCACCGCGGCCACCCAUCACCUCACUGCGCCCACCCAACACCUCACCGCGCCCACCCAACACCUCACCGCCUUCCACAAGCUUCUCCUGCUGAAGGCCGCCGAGGGAAGGUCCAAGGGCGGCGACGAAAACACCCCUCCUGGCAAACCCCCCGGUUGGGCUCUUUUAACCGGUCGUUUUAAGGGCUCCCCGCUUUUUUUGGAGACCCCCCCAUCGGAAACCUCCAAACUUCAACAACUCGUGGAGAAGAUCGACCCCCCGAAUCCAUCCUCAUCGUCGUCGUCUUCGUCGCCGGAUCCGACGCGCCACCAAUGCCCCGUUUGCCGACGGGUUUUGAGUUGCCCGAGAGCUUUACGGUUACAUUUUGGCCAACACGGCGGGGGUCCGGGGGGUAUUUUUGGGGGGGCCGAACGCCCCUUUCGCUGCAAGAUUUGCGGGCGUUGUUUCUCCACCCGCGGUAAUUUACGGGCGCAUUUCGGGGGGCACCGGGGGGGACCCCCAAAUUCGUGCCCCCUUUGCCAGAAGAAGUUCACCAACGCCCUCAACCUCCAACAACACGUCCGGCUUCAUUUGGGGGGGCAGCUUCCUAACGGUGGGGGAACCCCUCAAAUCGGGGGGAUCCCCCAAAUCGGGGGGACCCCUCAACAAGGGGGGACCCCCCAACAAGUGGGGACCCCCCAACAAGGGGGGAACCCCCAGGAGGAGGAGGAGGAGGUCACUGAAGAGGAGGAGGAGGAGGAAGAAGAAGGCUCCGAGGAGGAGGAAGAGUCGGCGGGGGGGAGCAGCCCCAAGCGGGACCCCCCGACCGAGGAGGAAGAGGAAGAGGAAGAGGAAGGGGAGAAAGCGGGGGGCGCCGAGCCCCCUGAAACCACGGGGGACCCCAAAACGGAGGAAGGAGGAGGAGGAGGAGGAGGAGGGGAGGAAGGCAAGGAGGCAGCCCAGGGGGCGAGGAAGCAGGUCCCCCCAAACUGGACCCCGACACCCCGCAACCGCCCGCCCCCCCCCACCGGAGCCAAGCCCCCCCAAGUCCCCCGGGGGGGCGGGGGGGGGGACACCCCUCGCCUUCUGGAACCAGUGCCCCCCCUUAUUCCCCGGGGGUCCCCCCAAAACCCCACGGGGGACCCCCAAAACCCCACCGCCCCCCCCUCCCCCCCCUCCCCAAGAGACUGGGGGGGCUCCGGCUGCCGGUGAAGCGGACCCCGAAAACCAGGGGGAAGCAGAAAAGUAGUUUAAUUAAUUUGGGGGGGGUGGUGUUUUUGGGGGGGACCUCCAUUCACCCCGGGCCCCCUCCGCACCCCAAAAUCCCCUCCCUGCACCCCAAAAUCGCCUCCCCCUGCCUAGAGUAGGCCUAUUAAAGCCGUUUGCUGACACAAA